AUGCCGAGUCUACUCGCGCCACGUCUGAGAUGCUUCUACUGUGGCAUGCGAUCGCCUCAUGUCAAGGACGGACGUACGCGACAAUUCAUCUGCACCGGCUGUGAAGCCACCAACCACCUCGACUCUGUGCGCCUACCACAAUCCAUUUGCGAACUAUCCAGGCUGAUUUUUGCUACAGNNAAAGGUGACAUUACCGAUCCUCCGGCUACACCCCACUCUAAACAAACCGCAUCCUUUGCUCAUCCUCCUCAACGACCCACGUCUCCAGUCCAGCCCGAGUCGUCCAACCUCUUUUGCAAAACAUGCCUCAAGAACCAGCAAAUGGUCACCACCCUGCUCGCCGAGUACCUGCCCGCUGAGAACCACCCACAGUACGACAAGUACGAAGCCGAGUACCCACAAUAUCGCAAAGACCUCGAACGUCGCUUUCCCCAAGUCUGCCCCAGGUGUGCUCCAAGAGUCGAACAACAUCUCAAGAGGACAAAUUAUGUCGCAAAGGCCGACUUUCUCACACGAAAUCUCGAACGCUCAAAAGCUCAUGCCUUCAACAACCUCCCCACCUCGUCCUCUCUCGCCAUAUCUGCUUNNUUGAGCGUCGUCGCCGUCGCCUGGUGGGGAAGUGCUCUCUUCCAGGUUUAUUGGCACGCUCUGGCUUUCUUGGGCAUUCCAGGAGACAACCAAGAAGUCGCCGACCUGACUCCUCUGAUGCUCGUUGGUUGCUCGGUCAAUGGUUUCCGCUUACACUUUCUACCCGCUGGCUGCGCUCUCCUUNUUGUCACUCUCGUGAAGAAGUCUUUGUAUCUGAGUUUCUGGCUUCUGUGGUGGAACCCCACCUUCAAAGACCGCCUGAGGUUCCCUUACCGAACACACCAUGCACCCGGCCUUGCCGACUUUUAUCGUUACCAAUUUGCCAUCCUCGCUUUUCGAGCUACUGCCUGGUGGUACUUGAGCGGCCCUUGGAUGGAUGGCUCCGCCAGUGAUAUCACAAAGGGAAUGCACGGAUGCACUACCCUAUUCAUUGUCCUGAGCACAAUCGCUUCUUUGCGCUCCGUGACAUACUCUUCUGCUCCUAGAGUGUCAUGGAAGGCUAGCACUGAGCCCCUCGUCGAGCCAGGAAGCUUCCAUCCGCCCAACGACGACUUUAUCAGUCAAGCCUCGCCCAACCUUCCUACCAUGUCUCCUUUGCGACAGCCAUUUCCUCUUGAAAACCUGGGUACCGCUCGUGUCACACGAUCGGCGACACUAGCUGCUGCUGCAUCGCCAGUUCUAUCUCGCUUUUCACGACCAUCGCCGUCUCCAGGCCCUGCUCAGGAUAUGGAAGAUUCUAUGGAUUGGGAGCCCAUCAACCAGUCUUCGCCCAUCAGACCGACUCACACUGCUCAACCCCAAGCAGUCUCAGCUCUUCCACCAUUCUUGCGUCCAGCCGCUAGCAUGGCAACUGGCGAAAAGUCUCCCUUCACUGGCCGCCUACCUCCAGCCCCAAUAUCACCAGCACAUCGCCUACGGAACCCUCCACCACCGCCACAAUUCAAGCCAACCCCUCUCUCGCAACAACGCGACUUCUUCCAGAAGAUGGGCCUCUCAUCCGCCAGCGUACCUUCUCUUUCCAAANAGCCCGUUGUAUCAGAAGACCACGAGGACGAAGACUCUCCACGCAAGCCCGCCGCCUACGUCUCCAGUCUGGAUCGAAACAGAACAAAAGACCAUUUUGAGCUGCAUCCUGGAAAAUGGACCUUGAAAUCCGACAUGGAAGCCGCAGAAAAAGGCACAGGCCUCGAAGACAUGUUCAACACGAGCUUUAAGAUUGCCGACCCUAUGACUCCGAAAUCUUUGCGCCGCACUGCUGCUGCUCGAUCUCCUGCAUCGCCCACUGGUACCGAGCGUCGCCAUAUCUUUGAUCACAAUCCCAUCGACCCUGUUAGAGACGAGACUCCUGCAGAGGUCGUCAUAAGAAACGCCAAGGAGAUGGCUCUGCCGGUUGGAUUGGCGUUGGCUGCUGCCAUUGCUGCUUGGGCUAGGGAUCCGGGUGCUAGGGAGUGGAUGGCUGGGGUUUGGAGUGGAUGA